AACCAGCAAAGAUCCCACCCAAUGCAACACUGAUCUUCGAAAUUGAACUGUAUGCAGUAAGUAAAGGGCCACGGAGUGUUGAAACAUUUUCUCAAAUAGACCUGGAUAGUGACAAAAAGCUUUCAAAGGAAGAGAUAAAUCAUUAUUUGAAGAAAGAAUUUGAAAGAGAUGGCGAAAAACGGGAUUCUUCUGUUCAAAAUGAUAUUUUGGUAGAUAUAUUUAAAAAGAAUGACCAUGAUGGAGAUGGCUUCAUAUCUGCCAAAGAAUACAAUGUCUACCAGCAUGAUGAACUAUAAAAAUGUAUUAUUCAAAUGUCUACUUGUUGCUUUAUGGACUUUGGUGAUCUUGCAGUUUUCAUGGGCCAUGGAGUUCCGCAGCCAUCACAACUGGAUGACUUGGCUGUACUCACUCUUCCUAAAACAAGUCUUGGUAGAUGUAUUCAAAGGAAUUUAAAGGUGUGGCUUGGAUUUGGUGAAUCAAAUACACAUCCUGCACAAAGGUAUAAUGAAGCAACUCCAUUAGUUUCACUGCAAUAUAUCCACAGGGAAAAGUAUUUUUUGUGUUACCUACCAGUUUAUGUACAUUCACUGUGGUAAUUUUUAUACUUUUGUACUGAGAUCAAAAUUGGUUUCGAUUAUGGUCCUAUAAACUGCAGCAAAAAUAAAAUCUGAAAACGGG